CGGCCCCGCGGCGCCGCUCCGCGCAUGCGCGGGCUGGGCUGGGUGCUGCUCCUGCCGGGCGCUGCGGCGGCUCCUCGCCAUGGAGUCCUACGACGUGAUCGCCAACCAGCCCGUCGUGAUCGACAACGGCUCGGGUGUCAUUAAAGCAGGUUUUGCAGGCGAUCAGAUACCAAAAUACUGCUUUCCAAACUAUGUGGGCAGACCAAAGCACAUUCGUGUUAUGGCUGGUGCUUUAGAAGGGGACAUUUUCAUUGGUCCAAAGGCAGAGGAGCACAGAGGUCUCCUCUCAAUCCGAUACCCCAUGGAACAUGGCAUAGUGAGGGACUGGAACGACAUGGAGCGCAUUUGGCAGUAUGUGUAUUCAAAAGACCAGCUUCAGACAUUCUCAGAGGAGCAUCCUGUGCUGCUGACAGAAGCACCCCUAAACCCACGGAAGAACAGAGAGCGUGCUGCUGAGGUGUUUUUUGAGACCUUCAAUGUGCCAGCACUAUUUGUCUCCAUGCAAGCUGUGCUUAGCCUCUACGCGACUGGGAGGACUACGGGAGUGGUGCUGGACUCUGGGGAUGGUGUGACUCAUGCAGUUCCCAUCUAUGAAGGCUUUGCCAUGCCUCACUCCAUCAUGCGGAUCGACAUCGCCGGCCGUGAUGUCUCGCGCUUCCUGCGCCUCUAUCUCCGGAAGGAAGGCUAUGACUUCCACACAACCUCCGAGUUCGAGAUUGUCAAGACCAUCAAGGAGCGUGCCUGCUACCUGCCAAUAAACCCCCAGAAGGAUGAGACUCUGGAGACUGAGAAGGCUCAGUACUACCUGCCAGAUGGAAGCACUAUUGAGAUCGGCCCUGCCCGUUUUCGAGCCCCAGAGCUCCUGUUCCGGCCAGACCUGAUAGGGGAGGAAUGUGAAGGACUCCAUGAGGUGCUUGUUUUUUCCAUACAAAAAUCAGACAUGGACCUGAGGCGAACACUGUUCUCCAACAUCGUGCUGUCUGGAGGCUCCACGCUUUUCAAAGGCUUUGGUGACAGGCUGCUGAGCGAAGUGAAGAAACUAGCUCCAAAGGACGUGAAAAUAAGGAUAUCAGCUCCUCAGGAGAGAUUGUAUUCCACGUGGAUCGGUGGCUCAAUUCUGGCCUCACUAGACAGCUUUAAGAAAAUGUGGGUUUCGAAAAAGGAGUAUGAAGAAGAUGGAGCCCGUGCCAUCCAGCGACAAGCCUUCUAGCCCUGGGACCUGUCCUCGGCCUCCUCCGAAGACUCACUUCAGUUCUAAACUCGCUUUUCUGAGUGUCUGAGAGCUGCCUGUGUGUGUGUGUGCGCGCCAGCAUGCCCCAAGUCACUGAGCAAGACGACAGCAGCAGGAGGGUUGUAUUAGUACUACUAACCUUAUUUUUUUAUUUUUGUUGGGUUUGUUUUGGAUAUAUUUUUUUUAAUGGAAAGGAGAAAUAUACGAGUCUGAAUUUCUCCAGAAUGGCCCAUUCCUUUUUUCAUUUCAAUCCCUUAAUUUAAUUUCUGUAUCACAAUCACAUGUGUCACUGUAAAACAAACAAGCAAAAAUGAAAGCUCUUAGAAACUGCCUGGCAGGCCAGAAGGGAGCCAACCACUGCAGACUGCUCAUGCAGGCAAUGCCUGGAUUGUCUGGAAACACAUAGCUGAGGCCCCAUUGCUACUUUCUUCUUCAGCAGUGUCUUCACCAUUAGUAGGUUUUUGAAGUUGUUUUUAACAUUUUUUUAUUAAGAGAAAACACAUUCUCGACAGUUAAGCCCAUUUGCCCCCACUGUUUUUGGUGCGUGAGUGUGUGUAUGCGUGUGUAACUUCUUAGCCUGAUGCGUGGGUCUGCACCACAGCUGGAGAAGUUGGUGAUAGGUCUUAGUUUGUAUUGCAUGGAGUAGAACAAAGCAAAUUAAUCAGCUAUCAUUGUACUAGACGGUUAUUCUCUUGUACCUUGUUUUAAAUACCUUUUCUCCUUUGGAAGUGAAAGGCCCACAGUGGGGUGAAGGCACAUGUGUGUUCCCCCUCAACCUGCUGAGAUUUACAGUGCUGAGUUCUCAUGUUCUUUCUCUGUAAGAGCCAAGGCUGUUUCCCUCCUUCCUGCCAUGUCAGGGCAAAGGGAGCAUGUAUUUUCAGCCAGGCAUAACUCCUGUGUACUUUAUCCAUUCUGGGACAACAUAAUAACAGGAAAGGUGCAUUGUAAUGUAAGAAUUGUUUUACUUAUUGAAAUGUCUGAGGAUAUCUCAAAUACUGACCACAGCACCUGGGAAUCACGCUUUGGGUCUUCUUUGAACACCCGUUACCCAGCUGUCCGUUGUCUGACGUUAACACUGUUUACAGAACACGCUUCGCGUGACAGCCAGCCCUGCACCACCACCAGUGACUGCUCUCGAGGGAGUCUUGCUGUUCUCUAUGAAUACACCACGUGAGAGGACAAUAAACUGUACCAGGAUGUUGGUGUGAGCAGGUUUGUGAGCAGGGCGCUGUCAGGAUGGCCGUGCUCUGCUGCUCGGCGCUUGUCUUCCUGCUCGCCUGCUGGCUGUGCUGCUUCUGCUGCCUUCACAGCCAUGGGCAGCCCCACAGCCCAGCUGGCUGAGGGCUGUGUGUCACUGUUUCCUCAGUAGGCUUUUCUUACACAUUAUUUGGUGCUCUUUUUUUUUUUUUCUACUGUGCAUUCUUUGCAGUACUUGGCAGUAGCAGUGGAGCUGGUGUUUGGUGGCAGUUUCUCCCUGUUCCUUUCUGUGCAUUGCCAUGCAGCACCUUGGGGUCACUCUCUAGCACAGGGUGAGAGCUGGAGGGCUGCAGCAGCUAAGCUUCAGAGGCCUGGAAAAAACGUGUUGCCCCAGCUGAGAUGGAUGUAAGCAGCAGCAAGGUGCAAUGUGCUGCCCCUGCAGGAGCCACACUCCCAGGGCUCACUGCUGGGCUCGCCAAGACUGCAGGCAGGCAGCUGUGGUGCUCUCUUCCCUGCUAAGGCCAGGCUGCUUGUUCACCUACUCCCAUCAGAGCAGACUGUUCUUUAAGCAAGAACCUGUCAGGCAGAAAAAAGCUGUCAAUUUUCCAGUCUUCUGCUGGAAAAUUGGUUGCGUUCUUGCUGGUCUGCUGCAGCAUGCAGAGGGAAAAGAAGCAAACAUGCCCCAGGCAGUGCCAGUGACCUCUUCCUCCCUUCCCAGCCCUUCUGGCCUGGCAGAAGCAGCAGUGCUCAAUUUUUGUAACCCACAGAGACUGGACAGAAAGGUGCCAGCUCCAAUCUAGCAUUUGUUUGAUCUGCCUGACUGUUCCCUCGCACACUGUCCAAACCAUGUUGCCUGGUGGUGCCCAGCAUACUUAAAUAAAGUAAUUAAUGUACAACC